AUGCGGCGAUUGUUUCCGACCGCGAAGUUACUCGGCUCCACGACGGGUAUCCGUCUGGCAUCGAUGAAAAGCUCAGACAAGGAGCGCUUAGAGAGGCUUGUGGAGGAGGUGAAUGGCAUAAAGUCGAAGCUGAAAGUUCUCGAAGAGAGCAAAGCUGCUAACGGCUUGGUUGACCUUUACGCCUCUCGCAAAAUGAAAAGGCUGGACAUUAAGCGUAUCCUGGGUAUCUUCAACGAUAGGGCGUACCACGCGCCAAUAUUCUGCCACAAAGCGCUUCCAAUUAUUCUGGCGCACUUUAUCACCGGACUUGACAGACUUCCCUCUGGCCUAAACGCCAUGCCGUCGAUUUUGGCCGUUCGUGCAACGCUUCUCCGCUCGUUUCAGAAACUCAUCAACUGCAAAAUCCCUGCCACCGACGACCAAGUGCAGCACUUUCGCAGAGUGUUGGAGGACAUUGACGAGGAGCACGCAGAGCGCAACCUGCUGCAAACUAUGGCGUUUGGGAUCCUGGAGCUGAAGGAGUACGUUUCAUCUCAUCGGCGAGCACUGGUGGAUCUUAAAAAGACAUCCGAGCGGUGGGCCAGCAUCCCCAUGACGGAGGAGAACGUGCUCACCUACGCAGAGAUCCAAGACAUCCAAGCUCCGCUGGACUCCGUGAAUCGUUGUAUGAUCACGUACAACUUCAUCUCUCGCAUGUUUCUCAAUCACGACCCGGAUAUGACUAUGAGUAGCAAUCCCAGACGCAUCGGGAUGGUUGAUCUUGAGAUGAAUCUUGAGCACGUAGUUCGCAACGCUGUUGACGAGGCGAAGCAGAUUUGCACGGAUCACUACGGCGACUGCCCCGACACUGAGUUUGAGCUCACCUCGGACACCAAGGCUUUCCGAUUCCCCUACAUGAGCACAACUAUCCGGUACAUUAUACUGGAACUGAUGAAGAAUGCGUUCCGUGCAACAGUGGACUCACACAUGAAGCGCAACGACGUCGGGAUGGUUACGUGCGCUGAUAUGCCGCCCGUUCGCGUUUUGAUCAACCUGCAAGAAGGGACGGAGCAUGCGUGCAUUUGUAUCUCGGAUGAAGGCAUGGGCAUGACGGACGAAGCACUUACCAUGGCAAUGGCGUACUCAUACACGUCAGUCAGCAAACCAGCUCUGCAGCUUGGUGAGUCGGGCGAGAGGUGUGCAUCCACGGCGCCAUCGCCGCUGGCUGGCUACGGGUACGGGCUUCCGAUGUCGCGCGUGUACGCACAGUCGCUUGGUGGCGACCUUCUCUUGCAAACCAUGGAGGGCUACGGCACGCGCGCCUACUACUAUAUCAAGAUAGCAGAUGCACAACCCUUAUGCGACGAGGAAACCAAGUAG